AUGAGUAAAGGCAAGCUCACCGGUGCUGAUAUUGCCCAGCACAACUCCCGUGACUCGUGCUGGGUGAUUGUUCAUGGGAAGGCCUACGACGUGACCGAUUUCCUCCCCGAGCACCCCGGUGGCCAAAAAAUCAUCCUCAAGUAUGCCGGCAAAGAUGCGACCGAAGAAUUCGACCCAAUCCACCCCCCGGACACCCUGGACAAGUAUCUCGAUCACUCAAAACACCUGGGUGAAGUCGACAUGAACACCGUCGAACAGGAGGAGAAGGCGGCGGAUCCGGAGGAGGUAGAACGUCAAGACCGGGUCAAACUCAUGCCUCCGCUAGCAGCAUGCUACAACCUGAUGGAUUUCGAGUCGGUCGCACGCAGCGUGAUGAAGAAGACGGCGUGGGCCUACUACUCCAGUGGCGCAGAUGAUGAGAUUACUAUGCGCGAAAACCAUUCCGCUUUUCACAAGAUUUGGUUCCGACCUCGAAUCCUAGUUGACGUUGAGAACGUCGACUUCUCGACCACAAUGCUUGGCUCCAAAUCCUCUAUCCCCUUCUACGUCACUGCGACUGCCUUGGGCAAACUCGGCAACCCGGAGGGUGAGGUGGUAUUGACGCGAGCCGCUCACAACCACGAGGUCAUUCAGAUGAUCCCUACUCUCGCAUCCUGCUCGUUCGACGAGAUCGUGGACGCCAAGCAAGGUGAUCAAGUGCAAUGGUUGCAGCUGUAUGUCAACAAGGACCGCAGCAUCACCAAGGGUAUCGUUGAGCACGCCGAGGCGCGCGGCUGCAAGGGACUCUUUAUUACCGUCGAUGCGCCCCAGCUGGGCCGUCGCGAAAAGGACAUGCGGUCGAAAUUCUCGGACGUCGGAUCCAGUGUGCAGGCCUCGGGCGGUGACUCGGUCGACCGGUCCCAGGGCGCCGCGCGCGCCAUCUCCUCGUUCAUCGACCCCUCCCUCUCUUGGAAGGACAUCCCCUGGUUCCAGUCCAUUACUAAGAUGCCAAUCGUGCUGAAGGGCGUGCAGUGCGUUGAGGACGUUCUUCGUGCCGUCGAGAUGGGCGUGCACGGUGUCGUUCUCUCCAACCACGGCGGUCGCCAACUCGACUUCGCGCGCUCCGCCAUUGAGGUCCUCGCCGAAGUCAUGCCCGUCCUGCGUGAGCGCGGCUGGGAGGACAAGAUCGAGAUCUUCAUUGACGGCGGCGUCCGUCGUGCCACUGAUAUCCUGAAGGCACUCUGCCUCGGCGCCAAGGGCGUCGGCAUCGGUCGCCCCUUCCUGUACGCCAUGUCGACGUACGGCCAGGAUGGCGUGGACCGCGCCAUCCAGCUCCUCAAGGAUGAGAUGGAAAUGAACAUGCGGCUGAUUGGAGCCCGCACUAUCGCCGAUCUUAACCCCAGUAUGCUGGACGUGCGCGGUCUCGUCGCCGGUCACAGUGCGGCCGUGCCGUCGGAUACGUUAACAUUGCGGGCCUACGACCCUCUCCAGGCGCCUCGUUUCAGCGAAAAGGCCAAGCUUUAG